AUGUCCAAAGUCUUUUCAACCAGCCUGCGCUGCCGAUUGCCUGCUGUGCUGUUCUUCUUCCAGGGCGCCCUGCUGGUGCUGUUUGUUCUCUUUGUGACAUACGACGAGCACACCGACGUCGCUUCCCAGGCCCCUGACGCUGACCCCGGCGCCAACCCGCUCUACGCCAUCUUCUCCCUGUUCCAAGAUAUCCAGUUGAUGUUGCUGGUGGGCCUGGCCCUGCUGCUGGCAUUUAUGAAGGGCUAUGGGGUCAGCGCCAUCGCCUACAACUUCCUGCUUGCCAACUUCGCCACUCAGUGGGCCCUGAUCGUCGAAGGGUUCGUCCACCACUACCGCCAGGGCAAAAUCCACCUGGGCCUCUACAACAUCCUGACCGCCGAAUUCGCCGCCGUGACUGUCCUGAUCUCAGCGGGGGCGAUACUGGGCCGCACGAGCGCCAUCCAGCUUCUCCUCAUGGCUCUGUGUGAAAUUCCCCUCUAUGUGGCCUGCCAGUGGUUGACCGUGAGCUACUUCCAGGCCGUGGACGUCGGAGGGACUAUCACGCUCCAUGUCUUCGCUUGCUAUUUUGGGCUGGGCGUCUCCGUCGCCUUGUACCGGCCGGGCCUGCAGCGAGGACACCCCAAGGAGACCCCCUCGUAUCUCUCUGACCUCCUGUCCUUGGUGGGGACCAUGAUCCUUUGGGUCUUCUGGCCCAGCUUCAUCGCUUCCCUCGUCCAACCAGGUGAUGCUCAGCACAGGGCUGUGCUCCACACGUGGAUUACCCUCAGCGCUAGCGCCUUGACCGCAUUUGCCACUUCCAGCCUCCUGGAGAAGAAGGGAAAGCUGACCAUGGGCCACCUGCAGAACGCCACAUUGGCUGGAGGAGUGGCCAUCGGGGCGGUGGCAGAUAUGGCCAUUACUCCCACCAGUGCAUCUGCCCUGGGCAUCCUUUCUUCUGUGGCCUGUAUCCUCGGCUUCAAAUACAUGACCCCUUUCUUGGCCUCCAGAACCCGCCUUCAGGACCAAUGCGGCAUCCACAACCUCCACGGCCUGCCAGGCAUCAUAGGCGCUGUGGGCGGGAUCGCGGCCAUCUUGUUAAUCCCCGACGAACACUACGGGCCCCGCCUCCACCAGGUCUUCCCUCCGCGGGCCCCGCCUCGAGGAAACGUCACCGUGGCAGAGGCAACCUUGGCGGGACAAGAACUGGGGAGGACAGUCUCACAGCAAGCGCUCUGCCAGGCUGCAGGCCUUGGCGUGUCCUUCGUCAUAUCCCUCGUGGGAGGAUACCUCACGGGGUUGGUUCUAAAGCUGCCCUUCCUAGCUCAGCCACCCGAUGAACUCUGCUUUGAUGACGGUCUUUAUUUUAAGAUCCAGGAACCAGGAGAGACCUCCUGUAUUGACCAAGCUGGUGGGGACCUCCAGCUGCCUUUAAAAGAUAAUGUUUAA